AGUCGUGAUGUGUGGGCGUUGAGGUUAAAUAACAUGAACGUCAUUGGUCUGUUUCACAUGUCUGCUGAUGUACCCGGUGUAAAUGUUCGAUAAUCUGGCUAAAUACAUCGGUCACCCCCCGCUAGGUUCGUUUUCGUAUCUGUUUUAUAUCGCUUUUGUUUGUUUAUUUAUGUUGCUAUAUCCUUGGACUCUUCUUUUAUACCACUGAGCUCUUACCAAAAGGAAGAAAAGGCUCGUCUUGUUGGCUAGCAUAAUACCGUGGUAGCAGACGGUAACAAGAGCUAGAGUCUAGCCUUUUUUCUACUCAAACAUAAGAAUGGGAGAGGAAAUAAGUGAACAUACGGGCAGCGGAUCUGUUAACACCAACAGUAAUGAGAACAACGGAGAAACUGCUGACGGGGGAGCAAAAUAUUACACGUUAGAGGAGGUCCGAAUGCAUAAUACGAGCAAUGACACGUGGCUAAUCAUCCAUAAUAAGAUAUACGACAUUACAAGUUUCCUAGAAGAGCAUCCAGGAGGUGAGGAGGUUUUGCUGGAGCAGGGCGGCUCAGAUGCCACAGAGAGCUUUGAAGAUGUCGGUCAUUCCACAGAUGCCAGGGAGAUGCUCCAGCAGUACUACAUUGGAGAGCUUCACAUGGAGGACAGGAAGAAGGAGAAGACAAAGGAAGCAGACGCUAAAGAUUCUGGAGAAUCCAGCAGCUCCUGGGCCAUGUGGUUGAUACCCACAGUAGCUGCAGCUGUUGUUGGUGUCCUGUAUCGUUUCUUUAUGUUUGAACACAAGUCUUCUUGAGAGCUUGAUCUCAAUCUUCUUAUCUGGAGGCCUUGCUUUUUCUUUCUUGACCAAACCCAUUUCAUGCUGAAAAAAAAAAAACACAAUUAACUGUUUGCAUCU